ACUUUUGUCAGUUUUAAUGCAGUACAGUAGAAUAUUACUGAAACUGAAGAGAUUGCGUAUGUACUUAAAUUGUUAUUCAAGUUAAAUAUAAUACUAGUUUUAUUGAAAUAAUUUAGACAGUGUUGAUUUUUAUACAUAUGAAAAAAGGUUUUAAAUAGGUACAUAGCGCUAAACUGUAUGUUUAGACUUACGAAAAUUGUGGUUCUGCCAAAGAUAUACCUAAAAAAAUUUUACUCGCAUUAUACUCUGAAGUAUAAGUUUCCCCUUAACCGGCUUUCAACAAUGGAUGAAUGUAAAACUAAGGAAUGCUUGACCACUCCAGACAAGCACAUGUCGAAAAAGUACUACCGACGUGCAGAACACAGAAUCUUCGUGAACAGAUCGCUGCAUUUGGAAAACAUCAAGUUCUAUGGCUUCGAUAUGGACUACACUUUGGCCGAGUAUAAAUCACCACAGUAUGAAACAUUAGGAUUCAAUUUAACCAAAGAGAGAUUAGUAACCAAAGGAUACCCCAAAGAAAUCUUAGAAUUCGAAUAUGAUCCAUCAUUUCCAGUCAGAGGCCUGUGGUUCGACACACUAUACGGUAACCUGUUAAAGGUAGACGCCUAUGGUAACAUUCUCGUGUGCGUGCAUGGAUUUGAGUUUCUUAAACAUUCACAAGUAUACGAAUUGUACCCAAAUAAAUUCUUGACAUUAGACGAGUCUCGAGUUUAUGUAUUGAACACGCUGUUCAACCUGCCCGAGACGUAUCUAAUCGCCUGUUUGAUUGACUUCUUCACUAACUCCAAGGACUACAGCAGAGAGAAGACGGGAGUCCGCGCAGGCGACCUAGCUAUGUCCUACAAAUCCAUCUUCCAAGACGUCCGCAAUGCCGUCGACUACGUCCACAUCCACGGCGACCUCAAGCAGAAGACCACAGAGAACUUAGAACUGUACCUGAAGAGGGAUGAGCGCCUGCCAAUGUUCCUGUCUAGGAUCCAAGAGAGCGGGGCCAAGCUGUUCAUACUCACGAACAGCGACUACAACUUUACGGACAAGAUCAUGACGUAUCUGUUCGAUUUCCCGUAUGGAGCGAAGCCGGGCGAGCCCCACAGAAACUGGCGGACGUACUUCGACUACAUAGUGGUGGACGCGAAGAAGCCGCUCUUCUUCGGCGAAGGCACGACGCUACGGCAGGUCGACACAAGGACGGGCGCACUCAAAAUGGGCCAUCACGUCGGGCCCUUGCAUGAGGGACUCGUUUACUCUGGAGGUUCCUGCGACGUCUUCACUGUCCUCAUCGGCGCCAAAGGCAAGGACGUGCUGUACAUCGGCGACCACAUCUUUGGCGAUAUCCUCAAGUCCAAGAAGAUCGGCGGUUGGCGCACUUUCCUCAUCGUGCCUGAACUGGUGCAGGAGCUACAUGUGUGGACGGACAAGUGCCAGCUGUUCGCGCAACUGCAGAGUCUGGACGUGCAACUUGGAGAUAUGUACAAAGACUUGGACUCGAGCACAAAGGAGAAGCCAGAUAUUUCCAAAUUGCGGAUGGCGAUCCGUGACGUUACGCACAAGAUGGACCUCGCCUAUGGCAUGCUCGGCUCGCUAUUCCGCUCUGGUUCCAGACAGACCUUCUUCUCAUCACAGGUGGUGAGAUACGCGGACCUGUACGCGGCGUCGUUCCUGAACCUGAUGUACUACCCGUUCUGCUACAUGUUCCGCGCGCCCGCCAUGCUCAUGCCGCACGAGUCCACGGUCGCGCACGAGCAGCGCUUCACGCUCGAGGCGCCCACCAUCGACAGGUCCCGGCACCCGAGCGCCGUGCGCGCCUACAGCGUGGCGUCCGUGGGCGACGACACCGACGAGCAGAGCGCCACCGACCUGGACCCUAAGGACGCUAAGGACGUGCGCGUGGCGGCGGCGCCGGCGGGCGGCGCCAGCGUGCCGCACGCGCGCCCCGAGACGCCGCGCCAGCUCACGCACACGCACGACGAGGACUGCUCCGACGACGACGACCAGGCCAAGCAGAAAUAGGCCCCCCGCCCCACGCGCUGACCGUACCAUGCUCGCAAGCAUCGACACACCCCGCCCGCACACUCCACGAGUGGCAGACUCUGCUCCCUAUUUUAUCGGUUUUUUGGCGCGAGGCAAAGGACCGGCAAUGUGAAGUAUGGAGCGUCGCGAUUCAUCGCGCGAGUAGAGCAGUGUGUGGAGAGGGCAACAUCGCGGCAGCGCGAGGAGCGGUGUACGUGGCCGUAGUAAAGAACACUCCGGGACUGAAAGCCUACCGCGAACCACGUUCGACGUGUUGCCUCUCUGUCGCACUUGUAAAUUCGUACGUGAGUGUCACAGGGAGGCAACACGUCGAACGUGGUUCGCGGUAGGCCUUCUGUUCCCGUCAGGAUGGCCGAAUGGGCGGCGUAACGGGUGACGUACGGAAUCGAAUGACUUUAGACGUCCGAAUAUCGCUACAGAGUAUACAAUGUUAACGUAGACGGCGGAGGAUCACGCGGAUACUACUUUGCUUCGGGACGGCCGAAUACGUAAACGAGUAAUCUUAAGAGGUUGUGGAAUAUAAACAAUUCCGCGUUCGAGUUUAAUACAGCACACCAUCUAAAGCUAAAACGUUUCCCGGUCCCUACGAUCUUAUAGGUUAAUAGGUGAAACCGAAUUCUUCCAUAUAGUCUUAGUAUGGUAGCGUGUAUGCAGAAGUGAUGCAUCGUUUUAUUUGUAAUACUUACUAAAGUUAAAAGACUUCAAUACUCACAAUGCAUUAUGCAAUCGCUAGCAUGCUUUGAUGGUGAUCUCCACAUAUUUCGCAGCCUUUGUACCAUAAAUUUCUUUCAAUAUCGCUAAUCUAAAGAAAAUUACUUCUAAUUAGAGUUCCACUUCUACAUCAACUUAUAUUUUCAGAUAUUUAACCACAGACGAUUAAAAUAUAGACGUUCAGUGUAUAAAAAAAUCCGUGGUGGAAAGAACGCCAUUUGUUUUGACUCUACUAAUUUUCUUUAGAUAUGUCUAUUAAUUCAAUAGUUUGUGACUUUCUUGCCUUAAACUCUUGUCAAUCAUUCUAUAGUACUUUUAGCUCAAUGCUGAUAGUCUGAUUAGACUAAUGUAAUUUUACAAAAUAACAUCUCAAAUUACAAACGCUACUUAUAGACAUAACUAUUUAUGUGUUAUUAAGUGUCUUUUGGUAAUUCGGUCGUUAACAUUUUGACUGUUAAUUGUUUGAGUAAACAUACCAUACUAUAGGUAAAAAGGUUACCUCAUAACAAAUAAGAGUGAUUUAGUAGAAUAAAACUAGGUCUUGAUACACGAUUCUAAUUCCAGUGUUAAAAUAAUUUCAAAAAGCCCUAAAGUUUGGUCACCUUACUUGUCAGUACAAUUAGAGUCUGUUUCACAAUGUCCAAGUAAAGUAUAACAAAUAAAUUAACUGCCAGAUAAAACUUCCUUCAAAACUUAGCACUUUAUAGGCUUAUUUGAAGAUUGUGAAACGCCAACGAUGACUUUGUUCGUCAGAUAAGUGGCAAAAAGCUUAUUCAGGACUUUACUUGGACAUUGUGAAACAGGCCUUAAGUGUCCAAAAAUUACGAUAAGUAUGUGAAAAUGGUUUUAAGUACGAACUUUUUGAAAAAUAUAUUUAAAAAAGAACUUUGUCUCCGUAGCUGUUUUUGCCGUCGCAGUGGCGUUCCGUUAUAGUUGGUAAGGGUGAUUCCUUAUUUGUCCUUGUAUUUGUGCUCCGGAUUCGAUUAAAAAUUGCAAUUAAAUAAUUUUCCCCGCAAUGGAAAAGUCUGAUUCUGGUGAUGAUGAUGUAUUGUGAUUUGUAAUAAGUACCCAGUUGUAGUUAUACUGUAAGCUUGUGGGUGCUAUUACGUUAUUAGUUAUAUAAAUAGAUGUCGACCGCCAUUUGUAUUUUAGCGGUCAAGAUUUAGAUUUAGGGGCCAUUUUGUGUGAAAGGACUAGUCUUGUUCAUAUGGAUCGCGCAACCUAAAUAUGUUGAGAUGCUUGAGUUACAUAUAUGUACUUUUUUACGAAUCGUUUGUAAAGUUAGGCAGCAUUUUAAUUCAAGGAUACUUUAGACUUACUUAUGGCCAAUAACAGCAGUCUCGAUAUUGUAAAAAAAGUGUAGUUGAUUCCAAAAUUAUCCAUGAACUAAAAUGCUUUCCAAUCUUAAUAUUCUGAAUGCGAAUUAUUUGAUAGAUGUAGGAGAAUGUUUAACCCUUUAAACGUUGUUCAAAGGCAGGCGGUACGGCUAAAAUUUAGAAACGACGCCACUAAAAUAUUCCCAUUGCCGUGCUGUGGUUAAAGGGUUAAAUGGGGUGUGUGGUUGUGCAAAUAUUAUUUUGAUAAAAAUAGUAAAUACUAGUUUUGCCAGAGGCGAGUAUUGUUACAAUUUUAUGGAACAGGGAUUUAAAAAGUUGUUAAUUAUAGCUGUAACAAAAAGUAAGUAGUUUCUCUGAGGCUAUAAUUUUAACUAUGUUCUAUUAAAUCGUACUCGCAUUUGUUUGAUUGACUGCUAUUCAUUAUUUUUUUUACAUUUUUGUAAUAUUCAAAUUAUAUUGUAAAUUCUUAGGCCUCUUUUUGUAAGCUAAGAUUUUGUUAAAUCUUUGAGAUUUUAUUUAUGUUGACAUUGCGUUUACUUUAUGGAAUAUUUAAUUUUGAUUGUUUUAAGUAUUGUAUAGGAACAAAUAGCUAUUAUUCGAAUGUAGCAUAAUAUUACUUUUAAAAAGAGGGAUGUUUUUGUAUCUAAGUAUAGUAAUUCCACUUUUUAUCAAUUACACAAAUGUAGAAAUUAUAGAUCACAAAAAAUAAAUAUGAAAAAUAACAA